AUGGGUCCUAGAAAAAAGCCAGCAGCACCUACUUACUCUCAGAUGUUUCAUUAUGGUGUCGGGACAUCUUCUUCCGGUCCGUCAUCUUCUGAGGCAGUUCCGGACUCUCAGUCAUCCCAGAGAGUUUCUUGGAGUCCUCCUCCUCCUGCAUCUCAUAUGCCUCCACUUCCUCCUCCUCCAGCCGCUGCACCUCAGCCUGUCCCAGCAGGUGCAGUUCAUCCAGAUUUAUGUGUGCCUCCAUCUGCCCCAUACGCGGGAUAUACAAUGGAGUAUUUUCUCACCCAGCCUGGACGAGAGGGCUUGGAUUUUCUUGAUCCCGACAGACCGCGGAGAUUUCUAGUCGAACAUCUUUCACAAUCCCUGGAGAGAGAGUUCACCAAGAGACCGAGAGCUAAGUAA